AUGCCACCUUCGAGAAACACACGAUCCCGAUCCCGCACUCUGGGUCUUCCAGACACAGAGGCGGAGUAUCGUGGUUCUGUCCCAUCCACCACAGGCCCUCGAGCUGAGAGCCCUUACAACCUCAGGACCAGGUCUCACAAGAAGUCCAUGUCUGACCUUAAAAUUGUUCCUAUUCUCAUCGUCAGGGCCAAGUCAAAGAAGAUUGAAAGGAAAAUUAAGCUCGUUACCGAGCAGCAUAUUAUUGACAAGCCUUCUCCCGUUGCGGAGUUCCCCAUGAGGGAGUGGAGCAUCAAGUUGUUCAUGGUUGAUGAUGCCGGCAAUGAGCAACCUGCCGAGUGCUUCAACAAGGUUGUCUACAACCUCCACCCCUCCUUUGAGAAUCCUGUUCAGACUUUCACGAAACCCCCCUACACCUGUAAGAACGAGGGAUGGGGAGAGUUUGAGUUGACGAUCGAUUGUUACUACACCGAGAAGUCCAAGAUCUCGGUCCCUCAUGAUCUCAACUUCCAGAAGAACGAGUACGAAGUCGUCCGAAGUGUCUCCUUCAAGAACCCCUCGCAAGCCCUUCAAGAGAAGCUCCGGGAACUUGGACCUCUCCCCACCGACGACGAUCGUCCCAAGAAGAAGGGCAUUGCCUCGAAGAAGUCUAGCUCGCAGAAGUAUGACUACGAGAAGAUCGCCGAUGCGAUGGAGAAGCUUGAGGAGGACGACCUGCUCAAGGUCAUCCAAAUCAUCAACGAUUACAAGAACGCCGAUACUUACAUCAAGAGUGAUAUCGAAGUUGAUGACCUUACCGAAGCGGGCGAAUUCUCCAUCGACCUCUAUACCAUGCCAGAUAUUCUCACCAAGACUCUCUGGGACCAUCUCUCGAAGAAGGGACUUGUCAGCUAG